AUGAGGCUAUUUCCCAAAGAACGUUUACAAUGGCUCGGGUGCGAGAUGAGUCUGACGUUUCCGGGAUUUCCUGACACACCAAAUUUUGUGCGUCAGAGCGAACAAGCCUAUUUGGCAGUCCGAUUCUCUCGCUCCGACGCCUUUCAGGUCCGUUAUCUUUUCGAUUUCGCUUUUUAUCACGUCUUCAAUUAUUUAUUUUUUAUUUUCAAAUGGUUUUUAUUGCAAUCUUUGAACAGUUUUUUCAAAUCUUUGUCAGUCUUGCUAGAGGAGAAAUUUCUAAUAAAUAUAACUGAGUUCAAAAGCUCAGAUGGCCAGUUUAUUUUAAUAAAGUUUGAUUCUUGAAAAGUUUUGAAUUUGCAACAAUGGAGCUUUUUUUGCUGCUUAUAAAUGUUUCAUGAUAUCGGCGGAAUUUGAUAAUUUAUUAGGGGCUUCCGCAAACCAAACUUUGAUCGAUACUAGCCGAGUGUAAAGUUAUAUUGUCCAAUGCUUUGGCUCUUUUUUUAUUUAGGUGUAUUCGCAGUUCCUUUUAAAUCAAAAAUAGACUUUUUUCUCCCAUUCAUAUACGUCACGACAACGUUUAUUUUCCAACAUUUCUGAAAAUAUAAAAAAAAAUUUUUUUCGAAGUUUGUUUUGCUAUUAAUUUCUAAAAUCAAUAUUGUUCGAAAACUUGUAGACGCUUUUUUUAUAAUUAUAAAAAAAUGUUUCAUUUUUUUCUACGGUAGUCAUGCUUUUUAACUAUUUUUUUACCGUGAGCUAAUCAAAAAAAUACUCAAAAAAACUCGAAUAAAAAGGAUAUUUUUUUAAUAAUUGUUAUGAAUAUCGGUAUCAAAAUUUUUGCUGAAACUUCGGAUGAAUACAUUUAUUAAUUUCGGACACAAAUAUCACUUAAAAAUUUAAAGAAAAAAACUGUGGAAAUUUAUAAGAUUUUUUUGAACUUCAUGACGGAACCACCGGAAAAAAUGAAGCUUGUUGCGAAAAAGUUCUUUUUCGAGUUUGAAACUCCAUUCCUCUAAUGAACGCGCCAUGAACUCGAAAUUUCUCAAACUAAUUUUUUUGAAGACCCGCCAGAAUUUUAUUUGUAUUCUUUCCAAUGCUUUUUCUAGGUUUUUACCAUUUUCGACUGAAAAAAAUGUUUCAUAUCAAAAAGUUUGGAGGUUAUACUUUCAAAAAUUCCCUCCAUUUAAGUUUUAGAAAAUCUCAUAAAAAAAGAAAGCAUUAUUAUAAGAUUUUUAUAAAAAGGAGAAAAAAGCUCAAUGCUCCAGUCGCCGAGUGAUAAUGAGAUUGAGCCAAAGGAGGGGUGAGAUUGAAUCGGAACGGCUCUCGAGCUCCACAAGAGUUUUGGCCUUGAGCCUCCCGCCGGCUAACAUGUCACUUUGCAAACAUUUUCACUUGAGUGGAAGCUUUUGGCUAGGUUUCCAGUGCAGGUGUCAGCUGGAUUAAAAACGCCCUUUUUCGACCUUUACUUUUAACUAUUCCGUAGUUUUUUUUUAUUCUUAGCAGCUCAUUGUGCUUUCCAAAAGGCUUUUUUGUCUUGAAAUUUUUCUAUUUUUCGUUGAAUGAAGAACUGAAGCAUGUAUCGUUAAAGUUGAAUUAAUAUUUAUAUUAUUCAGGUCUCAAAAAAAUAUUUCGAAAUGGUACUUUUUCGAUUUUUUUAGAGCAUUUGAAUUUGAUUUUUGGACAAUGAAAAAAAGUCAUACAUUUUUUUAAAAUUUAUUUUUUUAGGUGUUUUUAUGUGUAAAUUUGUCCGAAUAAAGCUGUUAAGGAUCAACAAGUUUUCGGAAUUUUUGGGGUUAUUUUGAGUUUCAACUUGAUUUUGCUCCGGGAAUUUCGAAUAUCGAUUUCUUAAUUUAAAAGUAUUCAAAUUUUUGAACAUCCAGGUAUUUUUUUGUAUCUAUGCUCUUGAUGAUAUUUUUUUCUUAGCGUUUCUUAGCUAAAAUAUUUAAUAGAAAAAAAUGAUAAACCUUGUUUAAUCAAAGAAGAGACGAUAGAUCAUUGAAAAUAGGAACAAAUACUCUUGCCUUUUUUUAGAAUAUUGUGAAAUCUUUUUUUCAGUUCGAAAAGGUAUUUUUAAAACGUUCAGAUAUUUUUCCCCCAUUUUUUCAUUUAGAUUUCGACGUCAUCAAUAUUAUUCACCUUGUCACCCGAUUUGUCAUAGUUUAAUUUGGUUUUUCUCCAUAAUAUCACAUUUUCACUGCUGUUAUUUUCUUUCUCUUUUCGACUUUGUUUUUUUCAAAUUCUACACUCGAUUUUUGAGAGUUAUUUUUGUAAUUUUUUUCAAAAUAUUAAGAUAAUUUCAGCAAGCGAUCGGUUGCUUGUAAAGCAUAGCGCUCGGCGCAAUUGCUUGCUCGGCCUGAAACUGCACAUCGGAUAGUUGAAGGUUCUUUUUUUCAGUACUUUUAGAAGUUAGCCGACAUAUAAAAAAAAAAGUUUUGGAAUUUCCAGUUGAGAGCUGUAAAACUGGUUUUAAUUGGAUACCAAGCGACCUCAAAAAGGCCUUAAAAAGAAGAGUCUAAAACUCCUUUUUGAGUUCCUAAAGAGGUUUCUCGGAAUCACCUUUUUUCUGCCUUAUUUUAUUACACCUCCUUAGAAGGUCCUUCUCAGUAGAAGUUGUAAAAAAGGCGUUUUUGAAGCCUUUCAGAGAAUUUUUUGUUCCAAAAGUCCUUUUUGAGACCUUUUGAACUUUUCCAGUGUAGUUUCAAAUCUCACUUUCAAAUGGGACACUACUUUUGUAAAAACUUUGUAAAAAUUGACAGUCCCACAAAUUUCAGUCCUGAUUGUCGAGAACAAGCUCAAAUACGUCGUGCUCAAUAAUAUGAAAGAUGAAGAAUUUUUAUUUUUCAAAUUUGAUUCAGCCAUCGUUCACAUUUUUCCUAGUUGAAUUUUUUUAUUAUUUUUCACAAAUUUCAGAGAGUAGGAGAGCUGGCGGCGAUCAGAACAAACGCGGGCGCUGUGCGUAUCGAAGGAGCCAGCAGCCGGAGGCGCAGGACCAGCUGGUGCUGCAGGCAGCGAAAGAAGAUGUGCAAGAAGUUCACCCUGCUCCUGCCGGCCGGCGUCGCCUGGUCGAUGAUCAUCAUCGGCAGCGCCAUCUUCUACUAUUUCCUCGCUCCGGCCGUCGUCGCCAAGUGGGCAUUGUAAGUGGCUUUUGCAGCUUUUCUGUACAGAAAAGGAUUCCUUGGAAAUUUAGUUGAGCGAAGGAAAACAGAAAAAUUCGAAUGAAAAUGACUGGAAAGUUGUAAAAUAAUUGAACAGAGGCCGAUAUAAAAUAUGCCUAGAGCUUCGUUAGCUGUUAAUCAGAAGUGAGAAAACUCAUCAAUUCCGAUGAUAGAACAAAAAGUAGUCGUCAUAUAACACAUGGACUAUGCCAAUUUUUGAAAGGAAAUAUUUUGAUAACUCUUUAUUAAUGUCUUAAGUUAGACCGUUCAACUGAUUUGACCGUUCCGUUUUCGAACGGUUGUAACAUUUCGUUCUACUGACCGUUCGUUUCACCGACCAGUUUUUGAAAUUUAUGAAACUUCAACCUUUCGACCAAUAACCAUUUAGUAUAACAUGUUAAAAAAAAAAUGUUGAUCGAGCGGUCGGUCGACCGUUCAAUUUCCAGUGGUAUGAAAAAAAGACCAGCGAAAAUUUAAAUGGCGACUUUUCCGAUUUUUUCAUAUCGCUAGAGAACUUUCCGACGACCACCUUUCCGCCGAAUUUUUUUCCGACUUUUUUUUCUCGAUAAACUCUUCGUUUUCAAUCUUCCUUUCUGAUGUAGGCGAGUUAUUCAUGAUUAAAACACAACGAAAUAGGAAAAAAAAAAUGUUAACAGAUUUUUUAUACACCGGGAAAUAAGUCGGAAUGAGAUUCGUCGGAAAGGUGGCUUUCGGAAAGUUACCUCGCGAUUUAAAAAAUCGGAAAAGUCGCCGUUUGAAUUUCCGGUCUUUUUUUCAUACCACCCAAUUUUCGUAACUUAAUGAGUUUUCAGUUUUUUUUAAGUUUUCGGAUUAUUUUAUUUUUUUCAGAUGGGGUCUCGCCGCAGUGAUAAUCGACGGAUGCUUGUUUCUGAUGGUUAUCGCAAACUUGGGGAUGGCGAUGUGCUUGGACCCAGGCACCCAUCCAUAUGGUUAAUAAUUCUAUUCAUUUUAAUUAAAGUCGAUUCACGGCUGGCUUGGGACUUCAAUGGUGUGGGACUCUCUGCGCUACCCACUAACCAAAAAGUCUCUAAUUUUUACCGCGUCAUUUUUCGAUGGCUCAUUCCAGCCGUGAUACGACUAUAUAUUGCUUCUAUUCUGAAGACCAAUAUUUUAAUCCAAUUAUUCCAUGACCUUUUUCCAGCCAUCGGAUCCGAAGAACCAACCCAACUCGACGAUCUUCGGGCACCUCUGUAUAAAAAUGUUGAUAUCAACGGGAUAACAGUGAGGAUGAAAUGGUGUGUCACUUGCAAGUUCUACAGGCCUCCAAGGUCUAGCCACUGCAGUGUUUGUAAUCGGUAAGGCAUUUUUUUCCUUUUGAGAUUUGUUUAGAACGUUUUAUAGUUCAAAAGUAGCGUAAUAAUGAUACUUUUAAAAAUGGAAUUUAUGCAAAAUAUUCUUAUGAGGAAGCUCAUUCAAAUUAGCGGUUGGGAUUUUUCUGAAAUUUGGCCAGAACACUCCUUGAUCUGCCAGAAGAAUGUUCUGAAAGUUUCAUCCUGCAAAAAUUCUUAAUUAUCGGAAAAGAAGUCCUCAAAGACGAAGGAAACCCUCAAAAAAGGCCAUUUUAAAACUUUAAGCCCUUAUUUCUCGACAACUAGGAUUUUUCGCAGGUUGAAACUUUCAAAAUCAAGGAGUUAUCUGGUCAAUUUUCCUGAAAUUAAAAUCACCGCUCUUGUUGGAGCCUUUUCUGUGCCUUCAAAAGCGUUUUUGAACGGAAAAAUGUGGUCUAGAUUCUUAUUGAAUUGAUGCAAAUCAGAUUUUUUUGUAGGAAAUAACGUCAAUAUUUUUUUUCCGGAAAAUAUUAUUUUUGUUUCCCAUGACCCUGUUAUUAAAAAAAACAUGAAAUGAUCAUUUUUCAGGUGUAUUGAUACGUUCGAUCAUCAUUGCCCGUGGGUGCAUAAUUGUGUUGGCCGAAGGAAUUAUCGGUAUUUGCUUUCCUUAUAAUUUUUUCAAUAAAGUUCCUUUUCAGGUACUUCUUCUUUUUCCUAUGCAUUCUGAGCGUUCAUAUGAUUUACGUGUUCAGUAUUUCUUUGUUCUAUAUUUGGAAAUUCAGGUGGGAUUUUUUUAAUUUAACUUUUUCUCUUCUCAAUGUCGCUUGCUUUUUGUUUAUAGGAACUUUGAUUCAUAAGCUUGUUUCUGUUAAAUAAUUGAAUAAGAGUUUGAUUGAAAUUUAUUUCUUUUUUUGGUUGUCAAAAAUAUAACUUCUAUGUUUCGAUGUUUAUUUAAACAUGAAAGAACUUUGUCUUUGUCGUUUAGUAGAGCUUCUUCAAGUCGUAAAUUCGGAAUUCUGUAAAAAUUUUACAAAAAGACCUUUCAAAACGACAAAAUUUCAAUGUCAGUAUCUUUAACGAUAUAUUCAUGUCACUUUACAAAGGGGUUCAUUUUACUUUUCGGUUUUGAAUUUUUUUAAAUUUUCUCAAACAUUCUCUGAAGGUUUAGAUGAAGAUCCCUUAUUGUCGCUACCAGCUCAAAAAUUUAGUUUUUGAGAUAUGAUUUUUCAGUUCCGAAAGAUAAGUUUUAAGGCUAUUUCCUCGAAUUUCAAAAUUAUGAAGGCGCGAGUUGCAGUUUAGAUGUAUCUUCAUAUAAAUUUUCAGCAAUUGUUUGAGAAAAUUCAUGGAAAAAUGGCAAAGUAAUGACUUCCCGUGUUAGGUCAAAAAAUUAAAACAUUAAUCGAGCUGUGACAAGUGAUCCGUCUUGCAUUAAAAUAUUUUGGGACUCUCAAAUGUGCUGAAAAUUUCAAAAUAUUGGUUUGAAACGUAGGACUGCCACUACCUAUCCGGUAUCAAGCCUUGAGAGGACGUAAUAAAUGAAUUUCUCACCUAGCGGCUUGCUUGUCCCAGUUUUCUUUUUCUAUUCUUAAAUAUUCGAACGAACAAAAUAAUGUCCAUCGUGACCUGUCCUGUUCUAACAAUUUACUUCGAAAUCCGUGCCGCCUAACGCUUUGUCGCUGGUUUUUCACUGUCCGAAUGAGGUUGAAGAUCUAGCGAUGAGAUGCUGACGCCGGCGUACGUCUGCGCGAUCAUCCUCAUGGCCGCCUGUGCGAUUCUGUCCGUUCCGGUCGUCGGCCUGACCAUCUUCCACGUCGUGCUCGUGUCCCGCGGCAGGACCACCAAUGAGCAGGUUCGCCACGGGCCUCCGUAUCACCAGAGUGUUUGUUUCAUUCAUAUCGCACCCACACCGCAUGCUUCGCCUUGCUAAGGAAAUUUUAAAACGGAAAAGAGUGAUUUUAUGACUUUUGUUUUGAAUUUGAGAAUCCUGAGUUAUAAAGUAAAUCGAUUACGCUGAGUUCUAUCAUCGACAUUAUCACGUAUAGACCCUGGUAGAAUUUAUUAUUCACAUAAUUUUUAUCUUAUACGAAUCCUGAUAUUUUUCUUGCACUAACAACAAGCACUGUGCUGUGAAAGUCUCGCAAUUCGUGGUAUGAAAACGUAACUUUUUCCUUACUCCGGCAAAGUCGGAAGGGCGAUGGCCGCUUAAAAAGAAGAGGCAAAAAAGGCCGCAAAGGCACCAAAAAGAGCCCAUUUAUCGAGCCUUUUCUUUUUCUGGGGUUCAAGAAAUGGUGGAAGAAGGGAGAGGCAACAAAAAUGGUGCAUAUGGGCUGAGAAAAUGGCGCAAAAAGGCAGCAAAAAGAAGCCUUCGUAACCCUAAAAGGAAAAUUUCUGUUUUCCACCCUUUCCGACUCUGCCUAUGUAUAAUGUCUCUUCAAAAUUUCUUGCUGGAAGAGACGCAACAUGACCUAAAAUGAAACUAUAACUGCUCUUUGCCCAGAGAUUUCUAUUAAAAUUUCCUAUGGUCAUUGAACUGCAAGGACUUUUGAACAUGUCAAAGUUUGCUAUAUGAGUAUUUGCAUGCGCUUUUGCCCUCCUUUUGUUUUUUCAAAGCGAUUCAUUUUUCUUCUUGUAGGUUACGGGGAAGUUUCAAUCCGGCUAUAACCCAUUCACGAUUGGAUGUUUUGGGAAUUGCAAGAAGGUCCUCUGCGGCAGCCAAUUCCCACCGUUCGUUUUAGCUGGAACUUUGAAAUUUAGGGCCUCCUGGAUUAGUUUUUAAAUAGAAAUAAGAUUGACAGUUUCAAUCGUUGAUAGAAAAAAAAGUUGUAUGAACUUUCUUUUUAGAGAAAUUCCCACAUGAAAUUGUCGGGUUAGAAACUGACAAGGGAGGUCAUUUCACUUUGCGGUUGGGAAUUUCCUGACAUUGGUCGGAAGGUUCUUUGAUGUACCAAAUGAAGAUUCGGAAAGUAUGAACAACUUCCUCAUUUUUGAGAAAGGACGACUCAAAGUCGAAAUAAGCCUCAAUAGUCAUUUAAAUAGACUAUUUUUGUGACUUAAAAGCCCUUUUUUCUCGAGAACAAUGAAAUUAUGCAGGAGACCUUCACAGUUUUCGUACAUCAAGGAGUUUUAGGGCCAAUUUUGAGGUGAUUCCCAAUCGUAAGUUGAAAUGACCUUCCCUGGGAGAAAAUGCGUGAUAAAGAAUUUUUAGGAUAAAUAAUAACUAAUUUAGCUUCACCCCAUACGUUGAAGAAGGCAAAAGGAGAAGAAGACAAGAGCGGGAGUUGGCCAGUGCUCAACGACAAAGAGAACGUGAAGAGGUUAUUUUAAGAAAAUUAUUUCUCGAUCCAAAUUUUCGUUUUUACAGGCCGAUGCUGAUGAGACGACGGUUCUGUAUGUUCCUGACAAGCAGGGCGGAAAGGACGGCCAUAUUCGGGUAGGGUUCUGAUAACAUUAUUUGUCAAACGAUUAUUGAAAGGACUAGAAUGAGUAGAAGUUGAAAAUAAGGUUUCAGAGACCUUUUCACUCAAUCAGACGUUACUUUUCAAAUUUUUCAAGUUAUCUUCCAUUCUAAACAAAAAGUUAUGGAGGAAUCAAGUUUAAAAAAGGGAAGUUAGCUAUAUUUUUGAACGAAGUUUGAUAAUUAUGGGAAAAUGUUUAGUGGCCAUUAUAGAGGUUUUCUAUUUAGUGGCCACUUCCGUAGUUUUUCAUCGAGUAUUCCUUCCAGUAACUCUGAUAAUUUUAAAACAAACAUAUUUAACCAGUUAUGUUAAUCCAUCGACCCCUAAAGUGGUCACUAAAAUUUUUUAGUGGUUUAGUAGUAGCACUUAGACCUUUAUAGUGGCCACUAAUUUUUAACUCUUUAAGUGGCCACUAAUUUGACUACUAUAGUGGCUAAUAAAACUUCAGAACCCUAUAGUGGCCGCUAAAAAUUUUACCAGAUUGAGUUUGCCAUCAGAGUUUUGUGGUGUGUUCAUCGGACAAAACGAAAAAUGCUUUGAAACGAAAAAUUGAUCCGAAACGAGAAUUAGUACUGUUUUGGAGCAACUUUGGCUAUGAACACGAUUUUUUGUUUUAAAGCAUUUUUUGGUUUCUCAGGUGAACACGCCAUUAGAAGUUUGGGAAAAUAAAGCUCAAAAAGUUAUUUUCAGUUAAAACAACUAAAACUGGCUGACAGCCAAUCCGUCGGGACUUCUUUGUCACUGGCUGGCGAUCGAUCCGUUUCAGAACAGGAUAGAGAUGGCUCCACCUGUAACUUAUUCGAAUCUGCUCAAGGUAGUUUCAUUUUUCCAUGCAGUGCCUUAUCACCUCAUUUUGAAGGUUCACCGCGAGUACAGUCGCCGGCGGCACAUGAAACGUUGAUGCCCCGGAGAAGCGGCGGCGCCGAGAGUACGACGACGAAAUCGUCCUCUUCGACCAGCGCGAUAUCGCCGUCGGCCGCCUACAAGGCUUGUGUCGAAGAAGCGAUGCGAAACACAACCACUGGCACUCCGAAUGGCAUGCAGCGACGUCAGUUUUGUUUCGAAUUGCGGAAUUGAUAACUGAGAAAGUUAAAAAAAAAAGGAUAUGGUCAUUGAUAGUGCUGAUCAGUUAGUAAUAGCCAAAUAACCUUGCGGGGAGUCAUCUGGCGUCCUAAGCCCUCAACUUUUAUAACUGAAAUUUAGUUUUCAAUUUACAGUCCCGAUUUUGCAGCCCUCAACUCUUAUAACUGAAAAAUAAGCUUUUACUGGAAACAUUUUUAGUGGCCACUAUAGAGGCUUGCCAAGGAAUACUUGGAGAGGACACUAAAGUGGCCACUAAACCCACCUCUAUAGUGGCAACUUCAGUAGUUUUUCAUCCUGUAUUCCUUCCAGUAACUCUGAUAACUUUUAAAAAACAGAUUUGACCAGUUAUGUAGAUCCAUUAUUAUUAUCUCAUUUCUACCACCCGAGUGGUCGGUCUUCAUUUCCGCUCUCGUCUGAGAUUUAAUCUGACGCCCGUCAGCCCUGGACAAGCUGGGCGCCGUACCGUUCCUACAUGGAGAAGCAGUGAUCGUCGGAAACGCUUGAAAGUCGUCUACUACUAUCACAAGAGAAGCGAGAUGCUCUACGCGCCGUCUACGUUUGAUCAACGACAGUUUCGCAAACCGACGAACAACUCUUCAAUUAUUCCAUGAUUCAGCAGAGUACCUUCUCUGAAGACUGAAUAAAGUUUCAAGUUUCAAAGUAGAUCCAUUGACCCCUAAAGUGAUCACUAAAAUUUUUAGUGGUCUAGUGGUAGCACAUAGACCUCUAUAGUGGCCACUAAUCCGACUACUAUAGAGGUCAUUAAAACGUCGAAACCCUAUAGUGGCCGCUAAAAAUUUUCCCAGUUAAUUGGCAGUCCCAAAUUUGCAGCUCUCGACUGUUAUAACUGAAAAUUUAGCUUCCAAUUGGCAGUACCAAAUUCGCAGUUCCCAGUUGAAGUUAAUUUUUCAGAUUAAAAGUUGUUUUACUUUCAAAUUUUUGAAGUUGAUGCUUUUUUCCUCUUAUUAUUGAUUUUCUAGCAACGUCAAUGGAAGUCGCCGCGUCGCAGGUCUUCAACGGCGACGCCAACAAGCCGAUGGGUUUCGCCGACGCCGUCCGGAUACACGACAUCUUGAAUAACGGCAAGGGCAAUGGAAGUCCCGCUGCGAAGGCUGUUGCCUUAUAA